AUGUGUCGUCUGGCACAGCACAGGUGCCCCCCCUCACGCCAGGAACCACUCAGAAGAUGUCACAGGCCCUCCUCGAGUCCUUCAAGAGUUUUGAGAAGGACCAACACAGGCUCGGAAUUCCGAGAGACCCGAUGCAUUGGGACGAGACACAGGUCUCCCAGUGGCUUCACUGGGCCAUACAGGAGUUCACUCUGGAAGGAGUCAACGUCGGGAACUUUGCGAUGCGCGGACGCGAACUCUGCAAGAUGGAGAAGGAAAAGUUUCUGAAACUCGCCCCCCCAUUUAUGGGCGACAUACUUUGGGAGCACCUCGACAUAUUGCAGAAAGACAUGCUGCAAGAGCGAAGUUCUCUGUGUAAUGUCCCACCCACAUAUAGCGAGCCUGUUUGCAUGCCGGAGUUUAGUUGUCACGAUGACCCACACGUAUUUAACCAAGGUUACACAAGUUCCCCGGAGCAGCUCUCUCCGCCUGUACAAAACACUCCACAGGUCCCUUUCUUAGACAACAAAUGUCAGUUCCAGAUGUCUGACUCCCUACAGGCCCUCAACGACCUGUCCCCAACGUACGAGGAAAAGUACCACAGUCUGGAGGACGUACAACAGGGCGGCUAUGGAGACCAGAGUCCCACUGACUUCUACUCCAUGCUUCCUGAGCAGAAGUACCGGCCACAACCGAUGAAGAACAUGUGCAGAGGUCAGCAGUACAUGCCACCAGACGCACACCCCAACCCUCUCAUGGACGGCUACUUUGACCCCCAGCCCCAGUACCCGCCCCAGAUGGUGCCCAGCGUGAAGGCUGAGCUGCCCUGGUCACAGGGGGACUAUCCAGGUUGCCAUGGUGACAUGACCCCUGGUUGGUCCCUACCCACUGAUCUCAGAACCCCAGGGAUGCCCCGCCUGCCCUACCACCCCCUGCAGGGUCUAGGGGACAUGGGACUGCAGGGCGAGGGGAAGCCCAUGAUUCAGGCUGCAGCUCUGGCAGGCUAUUCGGGCAGCGGACCCAUUCAGUUAUGGCAGUUCCUGCUCGAACAGCUCACAGACAAGACGUGCCAACACUUCAUCAGCUGGACAGGGGACGGCUGGGAAUUCAAGCUCUCAGACCCAGAUGAGGUGGCACGGCGCUGGGGCAUCAGAAAAAACAAACCCAAAAUGAACUAUGAGAAACUGAGCCGCGGUCUAAGGUACUAUUAUGAUAAAAAUAUAAUUCACAAGACGGCCGGGAAGCGGUAUGUGUACAGAUUUGUUUGUGAUCUCCAGAGCCUGCUAGGUUACACGCCCGAGGAAUUGUGGGAGGCGUGUGAUAUCAAGCCCCAGAAGGACAAGGAAGACGAGUGAUCGGGGUCAUCAAGACGCUUGAUUGGCGGGGCCGGUGUUUCUAUAAAUAGACGGUUUAUUGAAGAGGUGGUGUUUGAUCAUGCACGUAAUCUUGAGAAUGCUUAUGAGCAGACAGCAUGUCGUGUUUGGGCAUGUUUCUUGAGCAUGUGUGCUGAUCGAUGAGUCUUGCAAGCUUCUCAGUAACACUGAUGGCAAAUCUGAUGAGAAUCAGUAGACGCUGUUUAGAGCAAAGAGACAUCUGUGAAGAACUUAGAGAUCAUACGUUCUUUGCGCAAACGAAAGGCUCUAUGGCGAAAACACAUGUACAGUUUUAGCUACAAACGUAGCAAGAAAAAAAUAUAAAUGUGAUACUCUGAUUGUAUUAUAUGAACAAUAUAUACUAUUUUUGUACUAUUUUUUUUAGCUCACCUGAGCAUAGCAUGCUAAUGUUAGAUUUUGUGAUGGCUUUUUGUCAGUGUAUGACGUUCAUCCGUUGUGUUUCGUCAACAUUUAACUUGUGAACACUAUAGAGGCAACGUUCAGUACUCAUUCAUUAAAUUUAGUCUGAACAUUUAUCCCAAUGAUAUUUCAACUGAGUUUGAAAUCGGGUUGUGAUGCAAAAAACUAGGUACUUGGUCAAAAUAAAAAAAUGAAAAGCUUGUUAACAAUGUAGAAGUCAUUUUUUUUUACCAAUCCUCAUGAAACUAGUUAAGAACAUUUUUUGUAAUGAUAUCUUUGUCCAGUUCCAAAAUGGUUUUGGUCCGUUCAAAAACAUGGCUUACAACAGUUUUGCUCUUUUAUUUCUCAGGUGAGCAACCAAGGGCUUUUGUCCCACUUAAUUGUAAAUCUUGUUUGAUACGAAAGCGGACUUGAGUGAAGGUUGACUGCUGUACAAUUUUCAGAAGUUGUAUACGUAUGGAAUCACAUACGGUAUGUUGAUUGUUGUUAGCCUACUGAAUCUUGGUAGUCAAAUAUCAUGACAAAAAGAUAUGUUGUUCUGGUUAUAUGUCCUCUCAAUUGUUUUGAAAUCUUUUGUGUGAAACCUUGAAUAUAGUCCUAAUUUGGUAUUUUGCCUAUUUCGGUAUGUUUGUCAAUGCCAAAGGAAAUGAAACAGGAUGCACUGUUCAUUUCAAAUUCAUCAGGAAAUACCACAUAACAAUGACGGACAGCUAAUGGUGGUAUAAACAGCCUGGCAUCUUGUAGUGCCAGUACAGUUUGUUUUAUGAAGGGAAUGAUUGGUUUCAGUAAGUGUGGAAUAUAAAAUGUUUUCCAAAAAAAAAAUAUGUGUGCCUUUUGAAUGCGCAUUUCAUGUUGCCCGUUUUUAUAAAGUUAUGCCAUUAUGGAUGAAAAAUCUGUAUUGUUUCCCUUUGGAUUUAAUGUGAAUGUGCCUUUGUGUUCAAUAAGUGCUCUUAGAGUUAAUACUCUGACUGGAAAUGUGUUCAUCAAAUGUUUGUUGUUUUUUUGUUUGAUUUUUCAUUUCAUAUGUGUACAUUAUAAUGUUUACAUUUUUAUUUACUGGGACUUAAUUGGAUUAUGCCAGAUCAAGGAAUAAAUAUUUUAGUGCUUUGUUAGAGGUUAAUUAAAAUGUCUGUAAUUUAUUGUGUUUGUGAAAAGGCUUGUAUAUUAUGUAAAUAGAAAUUUAAUUAUUGCAAAAACUUAAAUGCUCUUUUACCAUCACACUUACAUUAGACAUUAAAAAUAUUUUAAUAAAGCAACUUGAGUAUUUAUUUUAUUUAUAUGAUUUAUUGGAACUUGCCUAUGAUAAGUGGAAACUGUACAAGUUUGGAAUGUAUUGAAUUUACUUAAAGAUAGUUACACGUUUCCUACACAUAGGAAUAGUUGAACCUACCUUCAACUAAGAAUAGGUACACCUUUCCUAAAACUAUUUUUACAGGGAGUUCGCAUUCGAGAAAAAGUGAAAUAAAUGUAACGCCUUUAUUUUGUUACUUUUUAUUCAUUUUAUAAAUAAAAACUAAAGCCAUUGUUGUGAAUGUGCCUUUCAUAAUCAUGAGUGAGCUAUGCACAGACUAAUAUGUCUCGCAACUUAUUACCGGUGAUAUUUGAUGGCUUAAUAUAGAAAAUUGUGCAUGUCACUCAGUUUCAGAGGUAAAAAGAACAAAACAAAUAUAGUAUGUGAAUGGUGGUGGUGUAAAUCUUACCGGGUAUAAUUGUGUGAACAAUGUUUUUUUUCAACCCUUUUUCAUGUUAAGACGUCAUUACCAGAAAAUGUAACAAAAAUUGUUUCGUUCAUUGAAAUGAUGACAGAUCACAUGCCAUAUUAGACCAAAGUAUUUUAUUGUAAACAAUGCAUUUUUUUUCUCAGUCUUUUCCAUUAGGGCCUUAUUAGUCAUUUCCAUUAGAGCCUAAUUAGAUGUAUUUAUAGCAAUUUCAGGGAAUUUUAAGUCUUUGUCUUUACAAUCAACAGGAGAAACUAUAAGUUUAGCAUUUUGAAAAAACAUUAAAUAAUGACAAAGUAAUAAUCUCAGCUUACUCAGCAUGUUUUCACCUGAUGUUGCAUGGUUUGAGGUCAUUCAGAAAUAACAAAUGUUAGGUUUAACCUCUAUGGGCUAAACACAUGUUGAUUUUUCUGUUAUUUGGAUUUGUUAAAUUUUCUGUCAGUUUGAUAUUGAAUAUCUGUUCACUGAAUUUAGAUCACUGGAAGUCAACUUGUGUAGAUUUUUCAAUGGCUUAAAAGAAGCAAUUUGUUGAUCCAGCGUUAAGUAAGAUUAUUACAAUAAAUGACAGAACUCCUAGAGAAAGUGCCCAAACCAAAGAUCAAAAACAUUUAACACAAUUUUUAUAUUUUCAACUCAUUUUUAUAAUAUUUUUUCUGUUCUCUGUUCUUUUCUUUAUAAAAUCUUCCAUCAACCAUUUAUAUAUGCAAUCUCAUAUAACCAUGUGUUCGUUUAUUUGAUACAAUCUUUAUAAUUUUGAGUUUUGUUGAUAUAUUUUUAUUAUUUUUUGUUAUAUGUAAACAGAAGAAAAAGUCACUCAUAAUGUGUGUUCAUUUCAUGCAUCUAUACAGAGCAUUGUUAUUUGACCUAUUUGUUUGUUUUCAAGUUAAAUGUUAAUAUGUGUUCCAAUAUGUGUUCAUUUAUAUGUGUUUUUAACAACAUUUUUACAUACAUUUGUGUUUAUUUUUUCCGUACUGAAAAUGGUAACAAAAAUCUAGUCGGAUCGUUUUAGGUACUAGCAAAUGUUUUAUUACCUUUUUUCAUUAAUAUAAAAGAAUAAUUGAAAAAUAAUCAGUCUUUUUUAAGAUCCUUUUUUCCAAUAAAAAACGAAAAUACUAUAUUUAAAGCAAACAAGUAUAUUUAAAUUGCUUUAUAAGACAUUAUUGAUUAUUGAGUACAUUUUGUAUGGAGAAGAUUAUUAUAGUAUAUUUUAUUGAUAAAAUGUUCGCUGUAUCAAAAGACAAAGUAUAUAGAUAAUAAUCAAAUAUAUUCAGCUUAGACAGAAACUUUAGAUUGUAAAAAGUAUAUCUUUGAAUUCUAAUUCAGCAGAAUUCUAUUUUGAAAAUGUAUGUGUAUGCUUUUAAAUGUUACAUUUUUAAACAUACCCACAAAAAAAGUUUCUGACCUAAUAUUCCUGUUAGUGUUAAUUGAUGACUGAUUUGACAUUUUGUUCUCCUUGUUUUGACAAAUUAUUUUAAUUUUGGGAAAUGUAUGACUUUAAUUGUUUGAAAGUUGUGCAGUUUUUCACACAAGUGUCACAUGUUUAAUUACAUGUAUUAAAAUUCGCUUCACAUGGUACACCACGUAUCUUGUAUUAUAUCCUAAAGUAUCACUAUUGAGCCAUGAUCUUGGAAAACAGGGCUAAAUGCAUGUGCUUCAAGAGUCGUCCCAGAUUAGCCUGUGAAGUAUGCACAGACAAAUCAGGGAUGACACUUUUUGCCUAGAAUGGAUAUUUUGCUAAAAACAUACUUCAUUUAAACAAAAAUAUCAUGGAAGCAGAAAGUUUCGUCCCUGGUCCCUGAUAAGCCUGUGCUUACUCUUAAGGCUAAUCUGGGACUACAUUUAACACACAUUAAGCCAUCUGGGACUACACAUAACACACAUUAAGCCUCGUCCUGGGACUACAUUUAACACACAUUAAGCCAUCUGGGACUACAUAUAACACACAUUAAGCCAUCUGGGACUACAUUUAACACACAUUAAGCCAUCUGGGACUACAUUUAACACACAUUAAGCCAUCUGGGACUACAUUUAACACACAUUAAGCCAUAUGGGACUACAUUUAACACACAUUAAGCCAUCUGGGACUACAUAUAACACACAUUAAGCCAUAUGGGACUACAUUUAACACACAUUAAGCCAUCUGGGACUACAUUUAACACACAUUAAGCCUCCUGGGACUACAUUUAACACACAUUAAGCCAUCUGGGACUACAUUUAACACACAUUAAGCCAUCUGGGACUACAUUUAACACACAUUAAGCCAUCUGGGACUACAUAUAACACACAUUAAGCCAUCUGGGACUACAUUUAACACACAUUAAGCCUCGUUUUCCCAAACAGGUUCUCAUUUGUUUUUAUCAUUUGUUUGGAUUUGCACUUGGAUUCAUAGUCAAGCAUUUUUUAUCAUCUUGAUUCAGUAUUGUUUAUUGUUCUACACAAAACAUCGUUGUUUAUUUGCCCCAUGGAUGUAUAUGACUGACAACUGAAAGCUAACAUUUUUUCAAUGUUUAUAAAUCAGUAUUUUGUUUUUCUGAUGUUACUCACACAGUUGAUUUCUACUAUAUAAGAUUUAGACUAUAGAAAUAUAUGUGACAGAAAUAUGUCAAAUAAAAUAUAUAAAACUCUGAGAAA